AUGUUUCUGCUUCAGCUAAUUUGCCCUCUAGUGGAUCCAUUUUUGGCGAACGGUAAACCAGCGUUCUUCCUCCUGGAUCCCGGUUUACUUCGCUGUCUAAUCGCAUUCGGACCCCGCCAGCUGUGGUCGCCUCCCAUUGUCAGUACGGAUUGCACUGGCCAUUCAGCGUUCGCCACGUUGCUCAAUUCGCGUGGUCUAAUUCCGCUUGUGUUGAAUGAGCUCAGUGCAGUUCUACAGCCCGUACCCGAUCGUUGGCCCGGUUUAUCGACUUUAACAAUGGUUCAACUGGAUCGGUGGCAGAUUUUAGCGGUCGGACUAACUGCAUUCCGGACUCGUAUUCUGUUCAACAGACUUACCCGCGCAGUCAUCAGUUUGGAUGCGGAUUUAUAUCUGCUCGCCACGGAACGUGUUUUUGGUGCUGUCUCGGAAGACGCCAAGCUGAAACAUCUGUCCACGAACGCUGUAACUGAUGUUCCGCAUCCAUUGUGGUUUUGGUGGCAUCAUUUGGUCACCAAAGCAUUGCAACCACAAUCUUGGGAAUCUUGGCUCGUUGCAAAACCUGUGUCAACCUGUGCCCCAUUACAGGGAUCCAAUUUUAAUGUACCUUCAAAACAAGACGAGUUUUCGGCUCAAGCCAUGCCUACCACAGAUGAUGUAUCUGAAAAGACCACUACGCAACCCGAGAUCCGUUUUUCAACUCAAGAAGUGACUGCUUUGAUUCCUUGUGAAGGGGCUGGAGUGCAACCAGUAGUGGACUGGACACGCUUGGCGGUCGGAGAAAUGACCACCACAGAAAUGGAAGUUAUGGCUCGUUUCGAAGCCGACGUGUCCAGACGUGUCAGCGGAACCGUGGAUCCGGUGAGUGCAAUGUCGCAAUCGGAGUUGGAAGAUGAAGAGAUUACGGAUCGACAACCGCGUGAUGAGAUAGAUAUCCUCAGUUCACGUCACCUGGUGAUAAAUAGAAGCAUGAACAUGACUUCUAGCCCGGUUGGUGAUACCAUAUGUGUGGAGGCAGAGAUAUGCAACCAAUCUUCGUGUCCCAUAGAACUUGAUAACCCACAACCCCCAUCUUCACAUAUCAUCAAUACGAUGGAGUCUGGUUCAGGUUUAGUAGAAACUUCGGGCUGUGAUAAUGGGGUCUCCCCUCGCUGCCCGCUGUCAUACAAACAAGACGAACAUCAUCCUGACGGUACCAAGCAACAAGAUUUGGCAUUAAGUGUAAUCCGCUGUCUGGAUCGGGCGUGGUCUAUGUGCUGUGAACCGCUGACACAGUUACGACUGCGUAGUCUGGGCCGAGUUCGAAAGUCGACCUCUUCAUUUUGUUCACCUACACGCAACUGUUAUGCCUGCGAACAUUCGGGAGAUCACGGAGACAGCUCACUAUCGGAUGACCUCAGAGACGAAUUUAAUCUAGCCCAGUUUCGUUUAAGCCCGCAGUUGAUUGGCCUGCUCAAACCACCGUUGUGGUUGAUCAACAGUUUGAUGACACAUCCCUGUGUUCGUAUGCGCGAAGCGGUUAGUAUUAAUCCUCCUUUUUCAAGUUUUGGGUUUCUUUGUUGUUGCUUAUAUCGGUCAUAUGCUUUAUUCAUUGUUACAUCAGCUAUGGUAUCAUGA